GCUCCGGGGUCAGUCGAGUAUAUUCCGGUCGCCUUACCUCACUUGACCGGCCAUGAUGUUGAGCGCCGUAUCGAAGGCUGCCGCUGGGGCCCUAAGGGCCGUCAAACCAACGAUUUUACAAAACGAGGUCGCCAAAAUAUCGGGUGCUCUCUCCGUCAACAGCCGAGAUUAUGCGAAAGCUGCAACAGCCCCAAAAACUGGUACAGCCCAAGGUAAGGUCGUGGCUGUCAUCGGUGCCGUUGUGGAUGUACAAUUCGACGAUGCAUUGCCACCAAUCCUCAAUGCCCUGGAGGUACAGAACCGCACGCCCCGUCUUGUCCUCGAAGUCGCUCAACACUUGGGUGAAAACACAGUACGUACCAUUGCCAUGGAUGGUACUGAGGGUAUAGUUCGUGGACAACAAGUGCUCGAUUCAGGAUACCCCAUAAGGAUCCCCGUCGGCGAUGCGACUCUUGGACGCAUUAUCAAUGUUAUCGGCGAACCAAUCGACGAACGUGGUCCAGUCCAAACUGACAAACUUGCUGCCAUCCACGCAGAUGCUCCUGAAUUCGUUGACAUGUCUGUAGAACAGGAGAUUCUUGCUACUGGAAUCAAGGUUGUCGAUCUGUUGGCACCCUAUGCCAAGGGAGGAAAGAUCGGUCUGUUCGGUGGUGCUGGUGUCGGAAAAACUGUAUUGAUCAUGGAGCUGAUCAACAACGUUGCCAAAGCUCAUGGUGGUUAUUCCGUAUUCGCCGGUGUCGGUGAACGUACCCGUGAGGGUAACGAUCUCUAUCACGAGAUGAUUGAAACCGGUGUCAUUUCGCUGAAAGACAAAAGCUCCAAGGUAGCACUUGUAUACGGACAGAUGAACGAACCACCCGGCGCGCGUGCCCGUGUCGCUUUGACUGGACUCACCGUUGCCGAAUACUUCCGUGAUGAGGAAGGACAGGAUGUGCUUCUUUUCAUCGACAACAUCUUCAGAUUCACCCAAGCUGGUUCGGAGGUAUCCGCCCUGCUGGGUCGUAUCCCAUCGGCCGUAGGUUAUCAGCCGACUUUGGCUACCGACAUGGGUACCAUGCAGGAACGUAUUACAACAACGAAAAAGGGUUCCAUCACUUCGGUACAGGCUAUUUACGUGCCCGCUGACGAUCUUACCGAUCCUGCUCCUGCCACAACUUUCGCUCACUUGGACGCCACCACUGUCUUGUCUCGUGCCAUUGCCGAGCUUGGUAUCUACCCCGCGGUGGACCCUCUCGAUUCGACGUCUCGUAUCAUGGACCCGAACAUCGUCGGUGCUGAGCAUUACAACAUUGCUCGUCGUGUCCAGAAAAUCCUCCAGGACUACAAGUCCCUUCAGGACAUUAUCGCUAUCCUGGGUAUGGAUGAAUUAUCUGAGGAAGACAAAGUCACCGUAGCACGUGCCCGUAAGAUUCAGAGGUUCCUCUCUCAGCCAUUCCAGGUCGCUGAGGUAUUCACGGGUCAUCCUGGAAAACUCGUGCCUCUGUCCGAGACGAUCAAGGGUUUCCAAAAGAUUUUGGCGGGAGAACUCGAUCACUUGCCCGAAGUAGCUUUCUACAUGGUCGGACCGAUCGAGGAAGUCGUAGCGAAAGCCGAGACGCUCGCUAAAUCAUAAGAAGCUGAUUAUUCAAAAACGGGACAUGCCAUCAUUGUAACAUCGUCGCCCUUCCUUAUCGUCACGCCCGUAUCUCUUGAAUUAACUUCGCGCCUUGUCUUCAGGUAGCAAACUGAACAUGCCUCGGUGUACGCCCAUUUACACAUCAAUGGAGUCAACAGUAUGCGCGAAUGAAAAUAUCUACAGUCAACAUUGAAUAAAUAAAUAAAUGAAAAUACGAAAACUCGCUGCCAUCCCGAGGAUUGGAGGAAAGAGAUCUUCUGACCCAUGGAAAUUAGACGAGUGUAGUUCGCGUUAAUAAAACUCGGAACGUUGGAA